CGCCGCCGCCGCCGCCUCCUCCUCCCCGUCUCCCCCGCCACCCGGCGCCGCCCCGCCCCGCCCCAAACCGCACCCAGGCGGGAAGGGAGCGGCACAUCGAUCCGUAUCAUUCUUCCCCCCGAACCGCGCCCGCGACGAGAGGAGCUCUGCUCCUGGAUCCCGCCGGUUCCUCCCCGCAGUGCCCCCGGUCGCGGCCCUCCAGCGCGCUGCGCCAGGGAAAGGUUUAAUACCUGCAGGAAAGGUGGAAGUCUUCUACGGCUGGAUCAAUAUUGAACCUGAUAGAUAGUGCUACUGCCGACGAAUAUCAGGGAAUCAUGAAAGCUCCUCAGCAGCACCGUAAACCAACUGACACAGAAGCAAACGUCAAACUUGGUGUUAAUAAGAUGCAUUGCCUGAAGCCAGGCAAAUAUACCCACAAAUCACCAGGCAAUGUUGGGGCUAAAUGCAGAACAGGAGAUGGUCAAUCAUUUACUGGCAGUAAGAUUGCAUUGAAGAGUGGUAGCUCUAUGGAAGUACCAUUUCUCAACUUGACAAACGUGUCUGCUCAACCACCAAAUUAUUCUGGAAAAAUGAAGCUUCAGUUUUUUCCAAUAGAUGAGGCGAUUCAAAAGGUUCUACAGCAGGAGAAACACAAUCCUUACCUGGAGUUGACUUUGGCUCCGCGAAAGAAGAUGUCCUCAAUUGUGCAACAUCUGAACACAAAAUGGGGCCGUUCUAGUUGUGCAAAAGGCGACCUCAUGCUCUUCCCAUACAGUGCUAGACCGGAUAGCAUAGCCAGCAGUAAAAAAUGGACCCUUAAUGAUUCUUGCACUGCUGCUGAUGUUUAUGUUGCUGUUGGCAGCCCUUCAACAUUCCGUUUAAGGUAUGGUUGGUUCAAGCCUAAUUUGAAGCAACAAACCAGUGAAGCUUCCUUGGCACCAGUGCACUCUGCAGAAAAGACUUUGGGCGACAAACCUUCACAUCCUUUUGAGUUUCCAAGUAAAUUUGCCAGUCCAUCCGUUGAGUGUAACACAGAGAAGACCGUGGUGGAUAACAACCAAAGCAAAGCGACACCGCUUUCAUGGAUUGACAGCAUAUCCAAUAUCAGUUUUGGAGCACUGCUAUCGCAGGCUGUGCCCUCUCAAGACAGCAAGCAACCGCCUUUGCAAAACAGCUCGAUUUUCCAGCAGCAGAUUCCUGCCACGUGCGAUUCAUUCGAUGCUGCCAUUGCUUCCUUGAUUGCUCGCCAGCAAACAAGCAACCAGCCAAAGGUGUCAAAUCCAUCCCCCUGGGAAGCAGAUGAAACCUGCCAUGCAUUCCCUCCUCCCCGGAAUCAAAAUUUAUCCAGGGUGCCCUCUUGUGGCCCUGGCAACAGCAGUGCUAUUACUACCUCAACUAUCCUUGGUUCCAUUGCUGAAUCCGGUACAGACGGCGACCACCAGCAACACUGGCUACCAGCGCUCUACCGAAGGCACGAAAGAGGGACCAAGGCCCCCUCAGACACCACCAGGCCUGGGCAAUGAUGAUGAUGAUGUGAAGCCUGAUGUGUCGUCGACGCCUGAAUCCACGACCGGUGAUGGUUCAUUUUACUCUAGUCUUUUGAGUGGAACCGACGGUUUGCUACCGAACAGCUUGGAUGCGUUCCCGAAGUUAGUCUGUUUCGUAAGGCUUGGAAGUUUCAUAUGCAAGACCUGAAGUAGUUACAGAUCCUGUAAAGAUAGAUCAGAUCAUCGUGCUGCUUCAGUCGGAAUUGAUUACCUUGGGCUUACUGAAGCCGAUUGUGCAGAUAGAUAAAUCAUCCAACGACACAUGUUAGUCGCAUAAACUUUUUUUCUUUUCUUACUGGUCGCUACUUGCGAUUUUCGAAAUUGUCCAUAAUCUGCUCGGUCACUCACCAUUUUCUCUGCAUCCUGUGUUGCUUCCACCGAAUGACAUAUGCUCGAUAUAUGUCCAGAUUCAGAUAUGAGAACCCCAUUUUUUUGGGUGGUCCGCUGCGCACAUGAUUGGCUAAAAGUCCGGGGGUGUUCUGAAGCUCUGGUUUCUGACCAACGGAGUUAUUUUUUUUGUUAUUCAUCAUGGUUUUACUUGAUGAUUAAUCAAGUUGUUUUUAGCAAUGGUCAGUUAAGUUUCCUAUAAACAUGUGUGGAUAAUAAACCAUGGUCAGCUAAGUUUGCUAAUAACCAUGGUCAGUUAAAUUUUCAUCA